UCUGUUUUUUUAGGGUUUAGGCAAAACCCCCGCAGAGAAUUAAGCCGAAGACUCGAGGCCGCGAUCCACUGCGUUCGUUUCUUCCCUGGAAAAAAGUAUAUCGAGCUUCUGGUAAAUUUUCAUACGCCUUCUUCUUUGCCGGAGAACAACAAUGGCGAGCUCAAUCGCGUCGCAGUUACAGGCCAUCAAAUCACUAGUACAGGCUGAUACGGAGCCUCUCAAGAGACCCUUCACUCGCCCUUCCAUUCUUUUCAGCCCUAAAGCAGCUGCUGAUGUCGAUAUCGAGACCAUUUACAACCUCGGCCUCGGAGGUCUAGAAUCGCUUGUAAGGAUCGAGGAAAGGUUUGGGAAUUACAAGAACGAUUUGUUUAGUCAUAAGAGCAGAGAUUUGGAUAGAGAACUGGUGGGUAGAGAAGAAAAUGACCGAAUUGAUGCAUCACUUAGUUCGUUCCUACGGUUACUAUCAGGUUAUCUUCAACAUCGCGCUUCCUUGGAAACGCUCGAGUACCUAAUACGGAGAUACAAGAUUCAUGUAUACAAUUCAGAGGAUUUGGUAUUAUGUGCCCUGCCAUAUCACGACACACAUGCAUUUGUGCGUAUUGUUCAGCUGAUCAAGACUGGGAAUGACAAGUGGAAAUUUCUAGAUGCUGUGAAAACUUCUGGUGCUCCACUUCCUAGAUCGGUUAUAGUUCAGCAGUGUGUCCGUGAUAUGCAGGUUUUGGAAGUCUUGUGUGAAUAUGCAUCUCGGACUAAGAAAUAUCAACCUUCGAAACCCGUAGUCAACUUCUGCACGGCCAUUAUUGUCGGGGUUUUAGGUUCUAUCACACCUGUUGACAGUGAUGUCGUGAAGCGAAUUCUGCCAUUUGUGGACUCUGGUUUUCAACCUGGUGUGAGAGAUGGUUCAGAUCACCAGGCUGGUGCUUUGAUGAUUAUUGGCCUCCUGGCCAACAGAUCCACGCUGGACAAAGAUCUUUUCCCACGCUUUAUACGGUCCAUUGCUGAGAUAGCACAUGAACAUGCUAAAGAUUCCUCUGAUCCUCAAUGGCUUCGUUUGUCAUUCAUGGCUUUAAUUAAUUUUGUUCAGCUGCAACCUGUUAAAGAGAUCCCAAAGAAGGCUUUGAACCUUUUAAAGGAAAUAAGGGAUAUAUCUGGUGUUCUUUUGGGCUUGUCCAAAGAGUUCAGCAUCAAUGGAUUCCUGGUGGUGCUAUUGCAUUCUUUUCUUCGUCAAAGUUCCUCUGACGAUCAAUGUUGCCAGGCUUUAACUUCGAUCAUAGAUACGGUUCCUAUUAACAAUUUGGUUGAUCGUUUGAUCUCAGAGGUUUUCUCUUUGUGCAUGAUGUCAUACCAAAAGGGUAAUGAUUUUGCAUCGACUGCAUCCGGAAGCUGGGCCAAGAAAAUUUUGCUUGUAAUUGGCAAGAAUUAUCCCGCGGAACUUCACAAGGCAGUUUCCAAGUUUAUGGAGGAUAGUGAAGUUAAAUCAAAGAAAGAGGGCGCAAAGCUAGAGAUGUUGUCUCGUAUGUUGGAUGGGAACUCAGUUAUGUCCCAGCCAUUCUUGGAUUCAAAGUUAUGGUUCAGGCUCCACCAUCCCAAGGCUGCCAUUCGCCGUGCCGCACUGUCUAGUCUUAAUGGUGUUAUCAAGGUUGAUAAUGCUAAUUCAGAGAGUCUUGUGACAGUUCAGGAUGCCAUAUUGCGGCAGCUUUGGGAUGAUGAUCUGACUGUUGUUCAGGCUGCCCUGUCUUUGGAUCGGUUGUGUGAUAUUCUUAGCGCUUCUGACUUGAUGGAAGCAGUGCUUCAUGUGGUAAAACGAUGCACCGACAUUCUCACGUCAGGAUUAUCACGCAAUGUAGAUCUUGCUGUUGAUGUUGUUGCUUCGUCUCUUAAAGUUGCCAUCUCAGGCCUCUAUAACCUGGCUGACUUUGAUCAGAAAGUUACUGCCACGAUGUUCCCUUUUCUUCUAGUUCAGCCGAAGACAUGGAAGUUGAAUGUACAUGUCCUGGAAUUGGUGAAGGAAGUUAACUGGCCACUUUGCAAGAAUCUUGCUGCAGAUGAUGCAAUGAAAAAGGUACCAGAUCUUCUCUCUGGAAGUUUGCCCCCGAUUAGUAAGGAGGUUAUCAGCAAUUUGGGGCAAACACUUGCCUUGCAUUCUGAUGAGCGGAGGCUUGAGCUUAUUGAGAGCUUUUGCAACUUUAAGUUAUCUGAACUCGUAAAAACUUGCAAUGAUAUCAAGCUGACGGAACAGGAACGCUGCAAGUUACAGAAGGGAUUGUUGAUCCGUGAAAAUCUGUCAUCAUUGAACAUGGAUAUAAUUAGCAAGCUGGCGAAAAUGUUUAUGAUGCGCCCGGGUGACCAUAUGAAGUGGAUUACUGACAGUUGCAGAGAUUGUCCCAUGUCAAAGACUCUUUUCUUUAUGCUGUUGAUACAGUCAGUACACAUGAUGAAUUCUGAUUCUAGUCAAAUAUUGGAUCUAUUUGAAGUUACCUUUCCGGUUCUGAAGUCUGAAUGGGAAGAUCUUGAGGUUGCGGUUGAUGUUUCCUUGAAAGAGCUGUCGAAAAGCAACUGCCAGGAACUCUUAUAUCAACUUAUUGAUGCUGAUAUAGCUUCACUGAAUUCGAAGCUUUUGAACUGCUUGUAUUGGAAGUUUCUUGAGUCAUUCAUUAAACUGGAACCAGUAAAUGCCUUUUCGGUAAGUAGCAGAAGGUUGGUUCGUGGACUUGAAGAUUUGUUUUACUUCUUUGCUACUGCCCGAGCAAGGCAUGUUUUUAAGGAACACCUUCAAUAUCGCGUGAAUGGAGCCAAAGUCUGCCCUGUUUAUUUUCUAACCGGGCUUGUUUCACGUGAAGAUGUCCCUGCUGAGGUUCAAAUUGAAAGUCUCAAAUGUUUUUUGCAUCUUUGCUCCAAUGGAUCUAGUGAAUGGUUGACUUACCUUUUCCCCAGCUUUCCUGUACUUUUGAUUCCCUUAUCCAGUGAUAAUCAGGACAUCAAAGUUGCUGCCAUGAAUUGCAUUGAAGCUCUCUACCACCUAUGGUGUCGUGUUGACUUCUCUAGCAAGAAAAAUGGAAAUGCUGCAGUCUGCAGUGGCUUCUAUGAUGAACUCUUGGGAUUGAUUGUUCAACAAAGGAGGCUUAUUUUAUCAGACAAUAACUUUCUUCCAUCUAUCUUGACAUCACUACUUAGCUCAACAUCGGAUAAUCUUCUGGUGCCUGUGGACCUGCAAAAGAGGUUUGAUCAAUCGACAAAAGAAAAAAUCAUAUCAUUCAUCUUGUUGCGCACUCAAGAGCUUCCUGCUUAUGGGAAGCUAAGGAUCAUGAUGUUGUUAAAAGGUCUGGGAGUCAUACUGCUGCAUGAUAAAAAUCUUGUCUCGUUGUUGUCUCAACUUCUAGACAGACGCACUCGAUAUUAUUUCAAAUUGGAUGAAACAUGCCAGCAACUGUCAGACUAUGAGGUCAAGAUAUUGUGCCUUCUUCUGGAGUGCGCCAUCAUGCCUUCCCCAGCCUCUGAAGGCCAUUCUCUUGAUGAUCAUAUAUUGAAUGCUUUACAAAUUGAUUGCAAGUCACCAGAAGAUCCUGCUGUCAUGUUUCCUUGUCUUACUGUUUUGGAUAAACUAAAUAGUCAAUUUUAUGUUCAACUGAAGGCUAAGAUCCAGGAUCGUUUCUUCCAUAAGAUGGUGUCUCUGUUUCGGAGUGCAAAUGGCAAUAUUCAAAAUGCAGUUAAAGAUGCUGUUUUGCGCUUGGAGAUUUCUUGUUCGACAGUAGUCCGUACCCUUGAUCCUGUAAUUCAUCUGGAAACUCUUGCAUUUUGUUCUUUGAGAGAAAAGAAGAAACAGAAGAAGAAUUCAGCUUCAUGUAUAGAAGAUGAUGUGAACAAUGCUGUACUUCAAUCGGGCGAGAAGGCUCUCUGUUUCGUUGCCUCAUUACUUGACGUGCUUCUCCUUAAAAAGGAUCUGAGACACAGGGAGUCCCUUAUAAGGCCCUUGCUUAAACUUCUAGGAAGAUCGAUGACGCAUGAGUGGGUGAAGAUUGCUCCUUCCUCAGAGGAAGCUUCUGUCCAAUCUUCACAAGAUGUUCUUCAAACAAUUCAUAGCUCAAUUUCUUCAAUCCAACACACAGUGCUCUUAAUUCUUAAAAAUAUUUGUGAUUCACUGAUGGAUUUUACUCCUUUAAAGGCUGACCUAGCAACUGAAAUCAAUGUCAACAUGCUGGUUGAGUUGGCUCAUUCAUCAAAUGAUGGGGUCACCCGGAACUAUGUCUUCUCUCUGUUCACCUCAAUUGUCAAAGUGGUUCCUGACAAGAUUUUGGAUCAUAUUAUUAGCAUAUUGACACUUGUUGGUGAAUCAACCGUGACUCAGAUUGAUAGCCACUCCAAGUCUGUCUUCGAGGAAUUCAUAUCAUCAGUGGUUCCAUUUUGGCUAUCGAAAACUAACAGUGAGGAGCAGUUGCUUCAGAUUUUUGUGAAGGUAUUACCUGAUGUUACUGAGCACAGAAGGCUAUCCAUUGUUACGUAUCUGUUGGGAAUUAUCGGUGAGCAAAAAGGCUUGCCUUCUUUGCUUGUUUUAUUAUUCCGAUCCUUAGUCUCAAGGCAGGACUCAUCUUGGUUUGAUGAUGCUCGGACUUCUGAAAGUUUUACGCCCCUUGCCAUGAGGGAAUGGGAGUAUGCUUUUGCAGUGAAAAUAUGUGAAAAAUAUUCCUCUAUCACAUGGCUCUCGUCCCUGGUUGUGCUUCUUGAAAAUAUUAACAAACACAAUCCGAGUGGAGAGUUUGUCAGUGAGCUGUUACUCGUUUUAGAAUUUGUAUUUCAGAAAUUGCAAGACCCAGAGUUUGCAUUUCUAGUUGCACAUGAACCAAGAAAUGAUGUCUCCGAUGGCAUUCAGCAAAAACUACUGGAGCUUAUGAAGGGUUGUAUAUUUCUCUUGCAAGCCAUCGAUGCAGCUCCAAAGGGAAUGGAUGUAUCUCCUGGAGUUAGGAAAGAUCUCAGGAUUCGUGCACAUGCAGUCUUGAUGACUACCACAGCAGCCAUGGAUCCUUCUGUAUAUUUCAAAGGAAUUACUAGCUUGCUUCAGCAAUCGGACAGUAAUGUAACAAAGAAGGUACUUGGCCUUUUAAGUGAGACUGCUAAGGACACCAAUUCGUCUAAAGUGAAACACAAUAUGAGAAGAGUCGUCAAUCCAAAGAGAAAAAACCCUUGGUUGAAUCUGGAUGAGGUUGCCACUGAAUCCUUUGGAAAGAUGUGCGAGGAAAUUGUUCAUCAAAUCGAUCAUACCGAUGAUGAGUUGGGUGCUCCAGCUAAACAAACUGCUGUUUCUACGCUGGAAGUUUUGGCUAACAGGUUUCCAUCCGGUCAUCCAAUUUUCAGCAAAUGCCUUAGAUCUGUUGCAAAAGGCAUUAGUUCAAAGAAUGUGGGAGUGUCUUCAAACUGCCUUCAUACAACUGCAUCAUUUGUCAAUGUUCUUGGACCAAAGGCACUGCCUGAACUUCCACGCAUAAUGAGGAAUUUGAUAAAAAUAUCGCAUGAAGUGUCAUCGGUGUCUAGGAAUAAUGGUAGCACAAGAAUUGAAGAAGAGUCUCUUCUGCUGUCUAUUCUGGUCACUCUGGAAGCAGUGGUUGAUAAACUUGGAGGUUUCCUCAAUCCUUAUCUUGGAGAUAUAGUUAAACUUGUGGUUUUGCGUCCUGAAUUUGUUUCUGAACUUAACCAGAAGUUCAAGUUCAAAGCCGAUGCCAUCCGUGAGCUCAUAACCGAAAAAAUACCAGUCCGUCUCACUCUGCAACCACUUCUGAAGAUAUAUGAUGAGGCCGUUUAUUCUGGGGAUCGAAGCUUGGUGAUUGCUUUUGAAAUUCUGGCAAACUUGGUUGUAAAAAUGGAUAAGUCAUCUAUUGGUGGGUACCAUGGGAAGAUUUUCGACCAAUGCUUGCUCGCCCUUGAUAUCCGGCGUCAAAAUCCAGCAUCAGUUCAAAACAUCGACGUUGUUGAGAGAAGCAUAAUCAAUGCAAUCAUUGCUCUCACGAAGAAGCUAACUGAGUCCAUGUUCAAACCCCUCUUCAUCAGGAGUAUAGAAUGGGCAGAGUCAGAUGUUGAAAACAUGUCAGGCGGUGAAAGCAAAAGCAUAGACAGAGCUAUAUCUUUCUAUGGCUUUGUUAAUCAACUUUCUGAGAGCCACCGGUCCCUCUUUGUCCCAUACUUCAAAUACUUACUCGAUGGUAUUGUAUCACAUCUCACUAGCAUGGAAGCUUCAAUUUCAUCUAGGAAGAAAAAGAAGGCCAAGAUUCAGGAAGCCGGUGAUGCUAUACCACCUAAAAGCUGGCAUCUUAGAGCGUUAGUGUUGUCUUCCUUGAAGAACUGCUUUCUGUAUGAUACAGGAAGUGUGAAGUUUCUAGACUCAAAUAACUUUCAGGUGCUACUAAAACCUAUUGUAUCACAAAUUGUUGUAGAGCCGCCAGCUUCUUUGGACGACUAUCCAUAUGCACCAUCAGUACUGGAGGUUGAUGAACUACUGGUUUCUUGCAUUGGUCAAAUGGCCGUGGCAGCUGGGUCUGACCUUCUCUGGAAACCGCUGAACCACGAGGUGUUGAUGCAAACCCGGAGUGAGAAGCUACGAGCCCGGAUAUUAGGCCUGAGAACCGUCAAACAGUUCUUAGACAAUCUGAAGGAAGAAUAUAUGGUGUUCCUCGCGGAAACUAUACCGUUCCUCGGCGAACUGCUCGAAGACGUUGAACUCUCGGUUAAAUCUCUGGCACAAGACAUUCUAAAGCAGAUGGAAGAAAUGAGUGGAGAAAGCCUGAGGCAGUACCUCUGAUGCUGCUGCCUGCUACAAAGGGUUGAUCCCAGUUUUGUUUCUAAUGUUGUAAGAUAGAACAUCUGCCUAAGGUUUUAGGGUUUUUUUAGGAGGAACAGCUGUUGAGCUCCUGUAACGGAGAGAGAAUGGUUCUACUUCUACAUUGUGUGGUCUCCUGCUCCUUUUCUAUAUAUAUAAUUAUAUUUAUAUUUACACAAAA